CAUUAUCAUGCUGUCAAAAAGAAGGUUUUUGCUCUUGACUAAUAGGCGUACAAGUUUAUGGUCAGUCAACUUAAGAGUCUAACACCCACCAGUCCACAACCUUACAUUUCAUAAUACUCCAUUCAUCCCUUUACUCUUCAUUUUGAUAUUUCAAAGAAAUUUUAUUUUUUGUGCAAUGCCUCUGCUUUCCUUUUCCUUUCUUUGUUAUGUGUUUUUUAUAACUAUAUCCCAAGCCAGAGCUGGAGAUCGGGUAUCAUGUGAUAACGACAGAGGCAACUACACAACCAACAGCCCCUACGGCAACAACCUUAAAACCCUUUUAUCCAGUUUCACUUCUCAUACAGAAAUUAACUACGGUUUCUACAAUUUCUCAUAUGGCAAAGAUCCAGAUAAAGCAUACGCCAUUGGAUUGUGUCGUGGAGAUAUUGAGCCAAAUCAGUGUCUUACAGACAUAAAUAAUUCCUUUUCCUAUCUCAAAGAACAGUGUCCAAAUCAAAAGGAGGCAAUUGUGUGGGGUGCUGAAUUAACUUUGUGGUACUCAGAUCGCUCAAUAUUUGGGAUAGUAGAUACUUACACUCCAAUAUAUUUAGGCUUUGAAUCUGAAAGGAAUUCAACUGAUGUGGAUGCAUACAGCGACGCACUGAGUAAGUUGAUGAGAAAACUUAAAGACAAAGCUGCAUCAGGUGACACCCGUAGUAAAUAUGACGCGGAUAUUGGGAUUGAUCCUGUGAAAAAUGAAACUAUAUACGGUUUUGUGCAGUGUGUGCCUGAUUUGUCAUCGCAACAAUGCGAUGAUUGCUUGGAAGAAGCAAUUUCAGAAAUUCCUUAUUGUUGUAAUGGCAAAAUGGGAGGAAAUAUUCUUAAACCAAGUUGUCGUCUAAGAUAUGAACCUUAUCUCUUCUACAAUUCAACCAUUGUGUUAGACUCACUACCAACCACCAAUAACGCUUCUUUAGGAGGACAUAGUAAAACCCGAAUCAUCAUCGUCACUGUAGUUCCGGGUGUUACCGUGGUUUUGAUACUUAUUUUUAUUUGCAUUUAUUUAAGACUCAGAAAGCCAAAACAAAAAUUUAAAGCUUACAUUGGAAAAUAUGAUGAUAGAGAUGAAGAAGAAAUCACCAAUGUUGAGUCAUUGAGAUUUAACUUUAAUUUCAUACUACUUGCUACAAAUGGCUUCUCUAAUUCUAAUAAACUUGGACAAGGUGGAUUUGGAGUGGUUUAUCUGGGAAAAUUGCCAAAUGGCCACAUGAUUGCAGUUAAAAGGUUGUCAACAAAUUCUGCCCAAGGAGACGAAGAAUUUAAAAAUGAAGUACUAUUAGUAGCGAAGCUUCAGCAUCGAAACUUAGUUAGGUUACAGGGUUUUACAUUAGAAGGAAGAGAAAGGCUACUAAUUUAUGAAUAUGUUUCAAAUAAAAGUCUUGAUUUCUUCAUAUUUGAUUCAACAAGGAAAACACAGUUGAAUUGGGAAAAGCGCUACAAUAUCAUAAAAGGUAUUGCACGAGGUCUUCUUUAUCUUCAUGAAGAUUCCCGCCUACGCAUUAUACAUCAUGAUCUUAAAGCAAGCAAUAUUCUUUUAGACGACGAGAUGAAUCCUAAGAUAUCUGAUUUUGGAUUGGCAAGAUUGUGUAUUGAAGAUGAAACUCAAGGAUGUACGAAUAGAAUUGUUGGAACCUAUGGAUAUAUGGCACCAGAGUAUGUGAUGUAUGGAGAAUUUUCAGUAAAAUCAGAUGUUUUUAGUUUUGGAGUAUUAGUUCUUGAAAUUAUAAGUGGUCAUAAAAAUAGUGCAAGCAUUUGUCACGGGGAGAAUAUGGAAUAUCUAUUGAGCUAUGCAUGGAGAAGCUGGAUAGAGGGGAACGCAACUAAUAUUAUAGAUCCAUCUUUAAACAACAUUUCACAAAAUGAAAUAAUGAGAUGCAUUCAUAUUGGUUUACUCUGUAUUCAAGAAAAUAUAGUUGACAGACCAACCAUGGCAACUGUUGCACACAUGCUUAAUAGUUAUUCACUCACUCUCUCGAUACCUUCCAAACCUGCAUACUUUAUGGGAAGUGGACCUAAAAGGCUACAAGAUAUGGAGCCACUGGUUGCUGAUGCAGCUGCAACAAGAUUUGAUGAAUCGAUUAACCAAGUUUCAAUUACUGAACCAUACCCUCGAUAGAUUUCAAUCAUAAAACAAGAUGGUUCAUAAGGGUGGUAUACAUUACUUUAUCAUCCGUGUAAUUCAACCAAAUUAUAAUUUCUUGAGACUCGUAAUUAGCUAUUACAAAUUCUAGUUAAGAUGUAUCUUGUUAAACUCAAAGAAGAUAGCCUUGUUGUGUUUAUCAAACCUGUUAAGAAUAUAU